GGGACUCGUUUCGGCGGAGGUACGAAGUGGGAGGGUCUUGCGCAGGGGCUGCCGGGACUUGUAGUCCUGCUGGCCACGGGCGGAAGUGCUGUGGCUCAGAUGCUGUUGUUGCAGGGUGGCCUUUGGUCAUCUGAAGUCCGCCGCCGUGAGUGCCGGAAAGGGGCCGGAGGACGCUGGGGCGUGGUCGGGGUACACAGUGGCUCCCUGCGGGAGUGAGUAUUGUAAAUCAGGAUGUCUGCUCAGUCAGUGGAAGAAGAUUCAAUACUUAUCAUCCCAAAUCCAGAUGAAGAGGAAAAAAUUCUGAGAGUGAAAUUGGAAGAAGAUCCUGAUGGCGAAGAGGGAUCAAGUAUCCCCUGGAAUCAUCUCCCUGAUCCAGAGGUUUUCCGACAGCGAUUCAGGCAGUUUGGAUACCAGGAUUCACCUGGGCCCCGUGAAGCUGUGAGCCAGCUCCGAGAACUUUGCCGUCUGUGGCUCAGGCCAGAGAGACACACAAAGGAACAAAUCUUGGAGCUAGUAGUGCUGGAGCAGUUUGUUGCCAUCUUACCCAAGGAGCUACAGACUUGGGUUCGAGAGCAUCAUCCAGAGAAUGGAGAGGAGGCAGUGACAGUGCUGGAAGAUUUGGAAAGUGAACUUGAUGACCCUGGACAGCCGGUUUCUCUCCGUCGACGAAAACGGGAAGUACUAGUAGAGGAGAUAGUAUCUCAAGAAGAAACUCAGGGAUUACCAAGUUCUGAGCUUGACACUGUGGAGAACCAGCUCAAGUGGGCAUCCUGGGAGCUCCAUUCUCUAAGGCACUGUGAUGAUGAUGCUAGGACUGAAAAUGGAGCUCUAGCUCCAAAGCAGGAGAUUCCUUCGGCGGUAGAAUCCCAUGAAGUUCCUGGCACUCUCAAUAUAGGUGUUCCUCAAAUUUUUAAAUAUGGAGAUGCCUGUUUCCCCAAGGGCAGGUUUGAGAGAAAAAGAAAUCCCUCUCGAAAGAAACAACAUAUAUGUGAUGAAUGUGGAAAACACUUCAGUCAGGGCUCAGCCCUUAUUCUUCAUCAAAGAAUCCAUAGUGGGGAGAAACCUUACGGAUGUGUUGAGUGUGGGAAAGCAUUCAGCAGAAGUUCCAUUCUUGUGCAACAUCAGAGAGUUCAUACUGGAGAAAAACCUUACAAAUGUCUUGAAUGUGGGAAAGCCUUUAGCCAGAAUUCUGGGCUUAUUAAUCAUCAGAGAAUCCAUACUGGGGAGAAACCUUACGAAUGUGUUCAGUGUGGGAAAUCCUAUAGUCAAAGCUCAAAUCUUUUUAGACACCAGAGAAGACACAAUGCAGAAAAACUUCUGAAUGUUGUGAAAGUUUAAGAAAUUUUUUUUAAAAAAAGAAUCAGCACUCAGGUCUUUUUCUUCAGAAAUGAAGACAAAUUAAAAACAUGAAAUGAUGCAGAAUAGUUUUUUCCUUAUGGACUGUCAGAAAAUCCACUGGGAAAUGUAAAAAAUCUUCACUCAACAUUAUUAUCUUGAAAGAUAUGGUGUCAUACCUGCCUAGAAACUGAAAUUUUAAACUUAAUUCAGGUGUUAAUGCCUAAAUUUUCCAUGUGAUGUUUAUAUUCUCUAUUAUUUUUACAAAUAAUGAACUACCUGAUUCUUUGCCCCUUUCUUAAAAGUUUCCUUUUUUAGAUGAAUACAUUAUUUCUAUGUUGAUCACUGAAAUGUUCUUUGUAAGGAUACAUUCCCUUCUGCAUUAAAAGGCAACGUAGGAA